UUGAGGCAAACCGAAUUUUGUAGUGCAUUUUUAUACCUAAAUCAAAAUGGGUUUGACACCAGAAGAGAAGAAGGCUAAAAAAGAAGCCCAGAAGGAAGCAAAACUUGCGGCAGAGGCCGAGAAGCGUAGAAAAAUGAAAAACAUCGAACUUCAGCGCGAAAUCGCAGCACAAUUGAAGAACAGGGAUGCCUUGGAUCGACAGUAUAGAGCACUCAUGGCCAAGAUCAAAGAACCAGAGUUCCGGAAAGAGAUGGAAAUCAUGUGGCGUUCUUUUGAACGAGCUUAUGAUAAAAAAGACCAUCAAUUAUCACAUAUUACAAAUUUAAUGAAUGUAGCUGAUGAUCAGUUUCAACGCACAGUAGCUAGCUUCUGUGAUACUAUAGACACUAUGAUUAACAAAUUCCUUACCGAGUUGGAGGAGAUGACACAGCAAAAUAACCUAAAUACGACGAAUCUGCUAAAAAGCGGUGAGCAGGAGGCAGAUGAUAUCGUGAAAGAUCACAACACCGCUGAAACACAUUUGCAGCUUUUGUUAUAUACUGCUCAUAAAGAGACUGACACCCAAGUGUGGACGAAACGUGGAGAAAAUUUAGUAAAAGAAGACGAAGAGCGCAUUAAGUUCGCUAACGUUAGAGAAAAUUUGCGUUCGUACUUAGAAAACAAUUACAAUAAUAUGUGGGAUGCUUACAAGGCAGUGCUCAAAGCAUAUGUAAGUGAAACUGCUGAGAAUCAGAAGCAAGUUCGUAAAUUACGUCGUAAAGAAAAUACAAUGGCUGAUGUGAUAGCAUCGCAAGGUAAGAGGAUAGCGAAUAGUGAUGGUUUGUUGAAGCGCCUGCGUACGGAGUUAGCGGCAUAUGAAUCAGGGACGAAGCAAGCUGUGUUUAGGGACAGGCGUGAUAGGCACCGUGCCGCCUGUCAUAAGCUGAAGCAGCGUAUGAUCAAUGGAGUUAAUCUGGACUCUAAUCUGUUAGCAGUAUUAGUAAGCGCUUCAGACAGUACCUUAGAAUGGCUUGACAAAGCUCAUAAGAAAGGUGAAAAAAUUCUAUGCAUGGCAGCUCUAUGUAGAAAAUUCGAGACGCAACGAGAAAAGAUUCUUCCUUACGGAACGGAGCGACCUCAUUCCCCGACACAAACAGUUCGCAAGCAACAUUCAGAUGAUUCACUGGUGAUAAAUGCUAUUUCUACUACAUGCGGCAUGACGAGAAUGUGGCAGCGCGUAGCCAAAGCUGAAAUGACUAAACGGGCCUUAAUGCGCGAGAGAGAAUUAUUGCUACAGGAGAACCACAUGAUUGAGAACAAAUUGAAGAGUCUUAAGACACAAAAUAUUGAACCGAAGACAAGUGAAUGUCUUUGUAAUAAAAAUAAACAGAAAAAGGAAGUGUUUCAUCCAAAUGCGGUUGAAGGAGCGUUGGAAGCGAUUAAAAUAAUGAAAUUUAAUGCCCAAUAUAAAUGAUUAUAUUUUUAUUGAAUAAAUCUGCCGUUAACAAUG